AUGUUACAAUCAAAUCCAUUUGAUGCCGCACAUGAAAACUUGGAAAAGAGUCGCGGUACAUCAGAGGAUUGGUUUAAACACAGCACGGAGUACGUGGCACCCGCAGUCAAACUGCGCGUGCGUUUCGAAGCGGUUGAGAUUGCUGAACGUCAAAAACAAAACGUGUCUACCGCCGUUUUAGCCGGAUUUUCUGAUCGGCCAAACGCGGUUGAAGACCGGACAAUCGGUGUGGAUAAAUCACCUGAUUCAAGGCUUCGAACAAGCGAGGCACGAGACAACGCGGUCAGAUCACGUGAGCAAAAUGAAAAAUGGCAUGAUUUUGAGGGCAAUCUGAAUUAUCAAUCUCCGGCAAAACCAAUUCGGCUUGGAGCGGGCACAGACGGCAGGGAGAUUUUCAACAACAUGGUUAGAAAACAGGAUUGGUUUCAACACAAUCCUGUCUCCGAACAUGUACCGGAGCGGCAUUCAAGGCAAACGGAAAGUGGCUAUGCUUCUCGUGACCGCGGUCAGGAUUGGUUUUGCCAUCGAACUGCGAAAGACCAGGCAGUAUUCACUCAGCCCACACGCAGCCGCGUGCGGCGAGACGGAGAAGAAUACGCCUUACGAAAUCGGGGCACUGCAGAUAUUCUCUGUAUGCAAAAGGAUCCAGACGAACGAGUACCCGGCGCACCCUACGGAUGUCCAACGGUGGAGGCGAGAUCAAAUGCGCGCUGGGAUAGAUUUGGAGUUCAUAUGGCUACCGUAUUUGGAAAUUCCUGCAGAUUGAAUAACCUCGACACGGAAGAAGUUAACAGCAUGACUCAUCACAGUUCCCUGACAAUGAGACCUCGUACGGCCAAAGUUCGUGCCCCUUCUGACAGGGACCGACCGAAAACGUGCUAUCGGAUCAGACCAGAAGCCGAAGAUUAUCGAAAUAAAUCAGUUAGCGGAGCUCAGCUACGCAGCUGUAUGCAAAUUAAUUCGAGUAGCCGUGAUCCAAUGAUGAAAGAUGAGUCUGUCACAGGGCCAGCACAAAAGCCAAGACUGCGUUCUGACGAGGCUUUCGAUGCAAUGCAAAGGAAUAGGGGCGAAAUGUCCUCCUACUUGGGAAAUGAAACUGUCUCAGUGACCGUUCCAUGUGCUCGUAAAAUCCACCCUCGGGGCGUUCGUUCUUCCGAAGGUCAGGAGACAGUGUUACGCAGCAAAGGUGAUGCCACCAGAGAGCUGUUAACAAAUGAUCACUUGUCUCCAGAGCCGAUCCGUAAAGGAUAUUUCAAUCUUCCUGAAGAAAUGCGAGAACUGGCCCAGCAAAGUAGGCAAGGACAAGUCGGUCAUCUUCUUGGGGGCCGGUCCAGUGAAGUUCCGUUGGCCAAGGAUGAGGCACCAGUUCAUCGAAGGCUUCAUUACGAAGCUAUGGACUAUGCGGAUCGACAACGAGGAGAGCAAAUGUGCGCAAUUUUGAAUCACAAUUGA